AUGGAAACCGGAGGUGAUAACAAAAAUGUAGGUGAUCAUAAUUUGGAUCAGACAUCUCAAUCAACGGAACAAGGAGAUGGAAUCACAAGCAAGUGUCAUAUGGAAUCUCAUCCUUCAUCACCAUCAUCCCAAAAAGUGCCUAGUGAUGAAACCAACAACACAGUUAGGCCCCAUUUAUCUCUUCUAACAUCUGCAAAUGAAUCAUCACCAGGAAAUUCAUCACAAAACCAACCAUCUGCAAGUGUGACUGUUCCUACAAAUGUUGAAUCACACGCUCCAGCAAAAUCUAGUGAAGAUGAUGUCCCAAUAAACUUUGUUCCAAACCAUGAACACAGUGGUGUGGCAGGUGGGGCAAACCAAGGAUUGGAAAUACAAAACCCUCCGGUGCAGGUGAUGGAGCGUCCAGGUGAAUCUAGCACCCCUCCUCAUUACAGCUUUCCAUCUCAUGUCUUCUCCAAUAGCAAUAUGAACUCCCCAGUGGAAUGGAGCACUGCCUCCAAUGAAUCAUUGUUUAGCAUCUACAUGGGAAACUCGAGCUUCUCAACUGAAUUAGGUUGUUUUAAAUCGGGUGAGUUUGAUAAGCCUGGUGAUAUAACCCCAGCAAAUAAAUUCCAGGAUAUCAGCAACAGAAGUCAUGAAGAACAGUUACUGAACGAACAUAGUUCCAAAGCAAAUGAAGCAAAAGCUGCUGAGAUAAUGAGAGAGGUCAUAAUGGAAAGUAGUCGAACCACACAGAAUGAUGGUAAAGGAGAUGAAAAGGCUUUCAAUUCUCAUCACGAGUCAACUGAAAGCACCAGUUCCUAUGCGUUUCUAUCGUCGUCGAGAAAUCGAGAUAAAAUUCCGUCCCUGAGUGUUCGAGAGAAGCAAAGUCAACAGAAGGAGUCAGAGGAAAAUGAAACGCAAAAUACUGCUGAUCAGACCCCAAAAUCAACCACAAAUGCAUCAAAAAACUGGCUUAGUUGCUUUGCAUGCUGUUAG